UAUACUUAUAUUAAAUGAAAAAGAAAAACAAGUAUUUAUAUAUAAAUACAUAUACUAUAUACAAUAGUUGCAAUGGAUUAACUUACAACAUCGUUUACUUAUUAUGGGUAAGGAGAGAAAGCUGAUAGACAACAAAUCCGUUACGUGGCACGUCACUGAAAUAUCUAGAGCGAAAAAGGUUCCGCAUCGGUCAUUACUUCUUCUCUCUGUUUAUUUCGUUAAGGUUUAUUGAAUAUGACGAUAUGUCUAUUUUUAUUAAUAAAUAUAUCUUUCAUUUUUCUUAUGUACUCUUCCUUUUUUAUGUCCGCAUUUUUGAUAUUAGAGUAUAAUUCAACAUUGAUAUAACAAAAACGUAUUUUUUGACUUCAAUAAAUUGAUCAAUAAAAUGACCACGAAUUUCUUUAUUCAAAUGUUUGAAUUUUUUUAUUUUUAUACAGAAUGUCAAAAGCUCCGAAACACAAUGGCAGCAUACACGGUGGUGGGGUCACCGGACCAGACGAUUUUUCCGAUGGAGAAAGCACCCCUGUUAUUCAAGAUUAUGCCGAAAGCAGAAGACCCGUCGAGGAAACGAAAGAAUGGGACGUGUUUAGAAACCCGCCACCGAAAAUCGAUUCGGGUUCAAUGGCAAAUCAAAAAUGUCUUGAAAGGACCGUCCAAUUAACAAAAGUUUUCAUUUAUUUACUCGUUUUCAUAAUUGUAUUAGUCAGUGGUGUAAUAUCCAAAGGAACGAUCUUUUUUAUGACAUCCCAAUUGAGAUCGGAUCGUAGAAUCCUUUACUGUAACAAGGAUUUAGGUCGAGAAAAAGAAUAUGUAGCUACGUUACCAGAAGAAGAAAGAAUCGCAUGGACAUGGUGUAUUAUAAUCGCAUUUGCAGUACCAGAAUUUGGUGCUUUGAUACGUAGUUUACGUAUAUGCAUUUUUAAAUCAUGGAAAAAACCACCAUACUCUCAUUUCUUCCUUGUCUUCCUUAUGGAAACAUUUCAUGUCGUAGGACUGGCCUUAAUGUUUUUAUUAAUUCUUCCAGACAUCGAUGUUGUAAAAGGAAUUAUGUUAACUAAUUGCGUCUGUUUUAUACCUGGAUUAUUAGGACUCUUAUCACGGAACAAAAAUAAAGACGAAUCAAAGACGUUUAUUCUCGUACUAGUUGACCUCGCUGCAUUAACUGCUCAAGCAACGAGUUUCGUCCUUUGGCCUCUGCUAGAUACAUCAAAAUCUUCUUUAUGGAUUGUUUCGCCAGCUUUAAUACUUGUAUCAUGUGGUUGGUGGGAGAAUUACGUUUCCAUGCAAAGCAGUAUUGGCUUCGUCCAAAUGCUGGCUCGAGUAAAGAGAGAAUUGAGACUGACUAGAUAUUUUACGUACAUGUUCGUUUCAUUCUGGAAGAUUAUAGCAUUUUUCAUUAGUGUUUUAACUAUAUUACAUUUAAGAGGGGAAAAUAUUGGUCACUUAUUUACAAUGUUUGGUACUGCUUUUGGAGAACAUAAAAUAAUUGUACACGCAACGGUAACACAAACUAUCAAUGGUACAUUGGCAGAUCUAAAAGACAUUUUACCAAAUAGCGACAUUGACAUUAUGGCCGAUUUCAAUACACCAAUUUAUGUCUUAUUGUUACAAAUAUUUAGCGCAUAUUUCGUAUAUAUUUUUGGUAAAUUCGCGUGCAAAAUUCUGAUCCAAGGAUUCAGUUAUGCAUUCCCUGUAAAUUUAACAAUACCCGUAACUAUUUCUUUGCUAAUUGCUGCUUGUGGUCUACGUAAUAGUAAUCCUUGCUUUUUUCACGGAAUUAUUCCGGAUUAUUUAUUUUACGAAUCACCCCGUUUAUAUUUCUUAAACGAUUUUAUAACACAACAAUAUGGCUGGGUUUGGUUACUCUGGUUGCUCUCACAAACUUGGAUAACUUUACAUAUUUGGACACCAAAAUGUGAACGUUUAGCAGCUACUGAAAAAUUAUUCGUUGUACCGAUGUAUGAUUCAUUAUUGAUCGAUCAAUCGAUGGGUUUGAAUAGAAAGAGAGACGAUCAACCAGAAGUUAAAGUGGAGGACUUGGCAGAGAUAGAAAAAGAAAAAGGUGAUGGAGAUUAUGAGACUAUAUAUGAGCAAACAGAUGGUUCAACCACUCCACCUUCCACUGUAAAAAGUAGCGACCACGUGACCAGAAUAUACGCGUGUGCAACUAUGUGGCAUGAAAACAAAGAAGAAAUGAUGGAAUUUUUGAAAAGUAUAUUGCGAUUAGACGAAGAUCAAUCAGCUAGACGCGUGGCACAAAAAUAUCUUAAAGUCGUUGAUCCAGAUUAUUAUGAGUUCGAAACUCAUAUUUUCUUCGACGACGCUUUCGAAUUAUCCGAUCACGACGAAAACGAAUCACAAGUUAACCGAUUUGUGAAAUUAUUAGUUUCAACGUUAGAUGAAGCAGCUACUGAUGUUCAUCGGACAAGAACGCAUGUCAAAGAUCCAAAAAAAUUCCCGACACCUUAUGGUGGAAGAUUGGUAUGGACACUUCCUGGUAAAACUAAAAUGAUUGCUCAUUUGAAAGAUAAAAGUAAAAUUCGUCACAGAAAAAGAUGGAGUCAGGUCAUGUACAUGUAUUACUUGUUGGGACAUCGAUUAAUGGAAUUACCAAUUAGUGUAGAUCGUAAAGAAGUAAUCGCCGAAAAUACGUAUUUAUUAACAUUAGAUGGUGAUAUUGAUUUUCAACCGACUGCUGUCAAACUUCUUGUUGAUUUGAUGAAAAAGAAUAAGAAUCUUGGUGCGGCAUGUGGUCGUAUUCAUCCAGUUGGUUCAGGUCCUAUGGUUUGGUAUCAAAUGUUCGAAUAUGCGAUUGGCCAUUGGUUGCAAAAGGCAACAGAACACAUGAUCGGCUGUGUACUUUGUAGUCCUGGUUGUUUCUCUUUGUUUAGAGGAAAAGCAUUGAUGGAUGAUAAUGUUAUGAAAAAGUAUACAACAAGAUCAGAUGAAGCUAGACAUUACGUGCAAUACGAUCAGGGAGAAGAUCGUUGGCUUUGUACAUUACUUUUACAACGUGGCUAUAGAGUCGAAUAUUCAGCGGCAAGUGAUGCUUACACUCAUGCGCCAGAAGGAUUUAAUGAAUUUUAUAAUCAACGUCGUCGAUGGGUACCUUCAACUAUAGCUAAUAUUAUGGAUUUAUUGAUGGAUGCCAAACGGACUAUUAAAAUCAAUGACAAUAUUUCUCUCCCAUACAUAUCUUAUCAGAUUCUUCUAAUGGGUGGUACUAUACUUGGACCAGGUACCAUCUUCCUUAUGUUAGUGGGUGCCUUCGUAGCGGCUUUUAAAAUUGACAAUUGGACAAGUUUUUAUUAUAAUAUUAUACCUAUUCUAUUGUUUAUGAUCAUUUGUUUUACGUGCAAGUCAAACAUACAGCUUCUCUGUGCACAAAUAUUAUCUACAGCUUAUGCUAUGAUCAUGAUGGCCGUAAUCGUAGGUACAGCUCUCCAGCUCGGAGAGGACGGCAUAGGAUCACCAUCAGCGAUAUUUUUAAUAUCAUUAUCAGGAUCAUUUUUCAUAGCAGCUUGUCUGCAUCCUCAAGAAUUUCUGUGUAUCGUUCCUGGCAUCAUAUAUCUUUUAUCAAUCCCAUCCAUGUAUCUUCUUCUUAUAUUGUAUUCAAUUAUAAAUCUAAACGUUGUUUCAUGGGGUACUCGAGAAGUUCAAGUGAAAAAGACAAAAAAGGAAUUGGAACAAGAAAAAAAAGAAGCAGAGGAAGCCAAACGCAAGGCUAAACAAAAAUCAUUAUUAGGUUUUCUCCAAAAUGGUGCUGGGACAAAUAACGACGAUCAAGGUUCAAUCGAAAUUUCUUUGGCUAGCCUAUUUAAAUGUAUGUUCUGUACACAUGGAAAACCUUCGGAUGAAAAACAACAACUUGUUGCUAUUGCCGAGUCAUUGGAACAACUUGGCAAAAGAUUGGAAAAUAUCGAAAGGACCAUUGAUCCGCACGGACAUGUUUCUGGAAGAAGACGAACAUCUUCUAUAGGUGGUCAUACAAAUGAUGUAUUGGGUGCCAUAGGUGAAGAUCCAGCCGAGGAUGAAGAAUGUAACAGUGAAACAGAAACGGUAACAAGCCAACAUUCGGAAGAAAAUCGUGAUGGUAGUAACUUCCUCACAAGACCUUAUUGGUUGAGCGACGAAGGAUUGAAAAAAGGUGAAGUGGAGAUCUUGUCUCUUCAAGAAGAACAGUUUUGGAAAGAUUUGCUUGAAAAGUAUCUCUUUCCAAUAGACGAAGACAAAGCGGAGAAGGCCCGUAUAGCUGGUGACCUGAUUGAGCUGCGUAACAAGAGUGUCUUCGCAUUUUUAAUGUUCAAUGCCUUAUUCGUACUGAUCGUAUUCUUGCUACAGCUGAAUAAAGAUCAAUUACAUAUCGUGUGGCCUCUUGGCGUCAAGACAAACAUCACCUACGUUGAAGAAACGUCGGAGGUACACGUUACCAAAGAAUACUUGCAACUUGAACCUAUUGGUCUGGUGUUCGUGUUCUUUUUUGCAUUAAUUCUAGUCAUUCAGUUCACUGCUAUGCUGUUUCAUAGAUUUGGUACUUUUGCUCAUAUCUUGGCAAGUACCACAUUGGAUUGGUUCUGCUGCAAAAAAGAUGUCACAGAGGACACUUUAUCUUCUCAACAAGCAGUGGAUAUGGUUAGAGAUUUACAAAAAUUAAAUGGUAUGGAAGGUGAUUACGAUGAAGGUAGUGGCAAUGGACCUGGUAGACGAAAGACAAUAAGAAAUCUUGAAAAGAGUAAACGAAAGGCACAAUCAAUAAAUACACUUGAUGUUGCAUUCAAACAUCGCUUCUUUAGUAUGUCUGAAGGUGCAGGCUUGCCUGGAAAUAUGUCUACGCGACAUUCAGUGAAAGCUUUUAAGGCCUUAGAAAGUCGACGAACAAGUUUAAUGGCAAUGAGAAGAAAAUCACAAAUGCAAACUUUAGGAGCCGUUAAUAAAUAUGGAGUAGCAGGUAAUCCUCUUGGUAUACAAGGACGACCUUCAAGAAGUAGUCAAAUAUCCAUAAAGGAUGUCUUUGAAGAUCAUGGACAUACAAAUCCCGCUUAUGAACCCGAUGAAAGCCCUAGAAAUAGUUUGAGAUUACAAAAUCGUAAUCAACAUAGUUGGCGUGAAGCCAACACUAAUGUUUAACGUUACAAUGAUGAACAAACAAAUUGAAAAUGCAUUCAAUUUCCAAAAUUGAGAAUUAUAAUCAAUUGAAUAAUAGCAUAAAAAUAGUAAUUAAAUAUAAAUUGCAGUUUUUAUUUUUCCGCUCUAUAUCAGCGUAUUGGAGAAAUAAUA